AUGAUGAUUUUUUUGCAUUUUACCCUUUGGUUUGCCUUUUUGGGUCUAGCGGUCGCCAUAGAACCCAAAGAAGACAAAACUGAAAGGUUAACUUUGGAUAUCACAGACCAGAAUAGAUUUCAACUCUGUCUGGUUAAAACAAAAGAGUACAAUGAUUUGGAAUCCAUUUUCUAUAUACCAAGAAAAGGCAACCUGAAUAAAUUGAUUGAAGGUGGAGUGACGAUAUUUGAAUCGGACUCUGCAAAGCUCUCUGAGGUAAUGAUCGUUAUGGAGAACAAUGAAGCUCGACUAGCAUUAAUACAGUGUGCAUUUGAAACAUCCCAUAAAUACUAUGAAAAGGUUGCCGACCAGUGGCACCCUAUAGAUCAUGGUACCUUUGAGGAUAAAAGGGCCAACAUAAGAUCAAGAAUGACCACUCUUUCCAGGUUCCAACUAAACCUUGAGAGUAAGAGAGAUUGUUCUCAAUUUGUAGUGAAAAGGUUGGAUUGUGGUGAUCACAUUUUAUACACAUACACACCAAAAUGUGGACACCACGCUACUAGUGUUAUAUUUGGAAAAACACAGAUAUGGACAAGCAAUGACGGCAAAAGAUGUGCUGAGGUAUUGGCAUAUUGUAAAGAUGGUGUACUGAGAGCUGCACAGCUGUUUAUAGCAGAUUUGAAAACAGAAGAGAUCCUCUACUUUGAGAUUAAGGGAGAAUUGUCGGUACCAAUCUCAGACUCUAGGUUAUCUCUAAUAGUUAUGGAAAUGCAAAGUGAAACUAAAAGGAUACAAUAUAUUCUAGAUAUUGCCAAUGUUGACCGAACAAACUUUGAGGUUGCGACUUGCACUCUUGGAGGUGUAACAUACACCGUUUAUGAGCCAAAAUCAAAGUAUUUGGAAGCAAUAGUGGAUGGUAACAAGAGAAUUUGGCAAAUUCAAAAUAGCCGUGAGAGGUGUUAUAGUAUCCUAACGCAUGGACGAGAUGAGCAAAUUCUAGUAUCUCUUAACAUUCUCGAUGAAAAUCUAGGUACGGUAGACAGUAGAUACUACCACAAAGAUGGAGAUGUUUGGAAACCUACAGAUGCAUCUGUAUUUUAUACUGAACUUGAGGACCUCAAGGAUCCAAAUUCAUCUUAUAGCCUUGGUAUAAGAUCAAGUUACUUGACUAUCACACCAAAGAUGUGUAUUAUUGCCCUUCUAAUGGUAGUAUUUUAA